GCAAGAAAAGAACUAUAUUAGAGAAGAAGCAAAGAAUAUAUCAAAAAGAUAUGGAGAACAUACAACACAUCAGAGUAGCCGCAAAUGGCAUCAAUAUGCAUGUAGCAACAAUAGGGACAGGACCAGCAAUCCUGUUCUUGCAUGGCUUCCCUGAGCUCUGGUAUUCAUGGCGACACCAACUCCUCCAUUUAUCCGCCCUUGGCUACCGUUGCAUAGCCCCUGACCUUCGGGGCUUUGGCGAUACAGAUGCACCGGAAUCUGUAACUGAAUACACCGGAUUCCAUAUCGUCGGAGACCUUAUCGGUCUGCUUGACGAGUUGGGUAUCGAAAAAGUAUUUUUGGUUGGCCAUGACUGGGGCGCCGUUAUUGCCUGGUACUUUUGCUUGUUUAGACCUGAUAGAAUCAAAGCCUUAGUCAACUCCAGCAUCGCCUUCACGCCCAGGACACCGGUUAACCCUGUGGAUGGGCUCAAGGCAUGUUUCGGCGACGAUUACUACGUCUGCAGGUUUCAGGAACCUAUAGAGGCUGAAGAAAAGUUUUCUCUGCUUGACAUUGCUAGCCUGCUAAAAACAAUCUUUACAGCUCGUAAUCCAAACCCGCCUCGUAUACCUAAAGAAAUAGAAUUUCCGGAUUGUUUAUGCAGUUGCUUGCCGUCCUGGCUAUCUGAAGAAGAUAUUAAUUAUUACGCGGCCAAAUUUCACCAGACAGGCAUUACUGGUGGUUUGAAUUAUUACAGAGCCAUUAAGUUAACGUGGGAGCUGAUGGCGCCAUGGGCAGGGCAACAAAUUAAGGUGCCAGUUAAGUUUAUCGUAGGAGAUUUGGACACUGCCUACCAUCUUCCUGGAAUGAAGGAAUAUAUAAAAAAUGGUGGGUUUAAAAAAGACGUGCCCAACUUACAAGAAGUGGUGAUAAUGGAAGGAGUAGGCCAUUUCAUCAUCCAGGAAAAGGCCGAAGAAGUCAGCAACCAUAUAUAUGAUUUCAUCAAGAACUUUGACUGACAAGAAAUGACAUGGUAGAAAAGACAAAAAAAAAAAAAAAAAAGGAGUUUGACCAGCAAUUUGGUCAUGCAACUGAGAAAAUAAUUGUUUAAUGAAGUGUGUCUGUUUUAGUUAUAGCAUAUUGAUCUUGACCACCUUAAAUUUAUUUGGCUAGACUUGAAACUGUAAUUGAGAGUAUCUUUAAUAAACUAUUGUAAUUUUAGCCUA